AUGGCUGUGAUCUUCACUUUGGCUCUCCUGUCUGUGGCAUGUCCUUUAAUGGCAUUUGACAUGGGUCAAUCCACCCGUUGUGUCACAAUCCCUAACCAAAUGAAGGUGUGCAAAGAUGUUGGAUAUUCUGAAAUGAGACUGCCCAAUUUUUUGGGCCACAGUAACCUUGAAGGCGAGGUGGUGCCACGCUCAGAGGACUGGAGACCCCUGUUGCAGACAGGCUGCCACCCCCAGGCCCAGGCCUUCCUCUGCUCCCUCAUUGCUCCUGUCUGUCUUGACACUUUUAUUCAGCCCUGCCGUAGUCUGUGUGUGGCAGUGAGGGACAGCUGUGCUCCGGUGCUGGCCUGCCAGGGUCACCCGUGGCCUGAGGCACUUGACUGUGACCGCUUCCCUGCUGAAGAAGACAUGUGCCUUUCACCCCUUGCAAAAUUCAGCCACUUUGCCAAAGACUUGCCCAAACCUGCCUGCCAAAACUGUCCUUCUAUGGAAGAGGCUCCUGCAAUGAAAACAGUCCUGGAUGCUUUUUGCCAGCAUGACUUUGCUGUGACCGCCAAACUUCAUCGUCGUCGCCUGCCUAUGGGAGAGCCAGAAUUUGAGGUUGAGGGCCGGGUUGAAUUUAUCCGCCAGGGGCCUCUGCUGCCUUAUGACACCCAGCACCUCCUCCAACAGUGGCUCCUCAUCAACCUUCGCUGUGCUGAUGCCCUUGUGCGCCCUGGACGAGCACAGCUUUAUGUACUGACUGGUUCUGUGCAGCUUGAUGGCUCCCUUGCUCUCACCCGACUCUUCCCUUGGCACAAAAAAGAUGCAAAUAUUGCUGUGGCCACUCGCAAGUGGAAGCAUCAUAGAUGUUAA